AUGAAUUCUAAAUUUAUUUAUAUAUUUGUAUUAUAUUUGUUUUAUAGUAUUGGAACUAGUGUUGUUCAAUCUGUGGAAUGUGGUAGUAAUGCUCCUCCUCUAGGAAACUACCAAUUUUUAAAUCCAACUCGAUAUUGGUAUGCCGAUUUAUACUACGAGGAUAGUAAUUCUUCACUGAUUGAUUUCGGUGCUGUCGGACGUAGCUCCCAUGCCGUUCCAGAGAAGAUAUACAGUUACUACCAGUCUGCGAGUACUCGUAUGAGAUUCACCGUCAACGAUAUCUACGAUGUCUAUUACACCUUUAGAGAUUACAGUGGUGCUCCCUGUAAUCGUACCGUCGUUUCCAAUACGAAAACUCUGACUAUUCCAUACACCAAAAUUGUCCAACCCCUUUGUUUAUAUACCAAUGCCACUCUCACGCCAAUCAACAACACCCAAAUCAAUACGGAAUCGUUUACCAUCCAAUCCGUAGCUCCUCAGAUACCCAAUGAAAUGAUUGCUUUCACACCGACCUUCCAAUAUAGAGUGAAAUCCAAUGGAGUGCAUAGUAUAACUUUUCUAAAUGGUUAUACAUUCCUUAUCAGACUACAAGCUCAAAAUCCGUUGGUCCCAUCUCUUUCAUUUUCCCAGGGAAUCAUUGGAAGCAAUGGAACUGUAGCCAUUUUAAACUACCAGAGUUUCAGCUCUGCCCACUUGUACGACUCUGAAGGAAAUGAAGUUGCUCCAAUCGAUCCAAGCACUAUGACGUUCCCAUAUGAAGACCAAAAGGUGUAUACUCUCAUCGCCAAUUCCAAUACUUGUGGAGCACAGUUAAUGACUAUCUCCUCCAACCUACUCCCAGUUUUAAGAAACAAAAUCCAUUCCUCCAAUUGCCAAGAUGGAACAGUCGAUGUUUCAUUCUACUUUGAUAACAAUGUAACUGGUGCCGAUUAUUCGAUGUACAUUCAGAAUGGACCUAGAUUCAUGGUUGGUGAUAUAUUGACAUUCCAAAGGGGAGCGUCACUCACGAUUCAUUUAAGCGGCCAAUUCCAAGUUGCCUAUAAUUUCAUUACUCCUAAUCUCGGUACCAAUUUUACUUAUUCUAUCGAUGCCAUUCCAACCUGUGACACUCCUGGAAUGAUUAAGAUCCAAUAUAACGGAAAUUAUUCUGAUAUUGUAGUGAACAACGUUCCUAUGACCAAUAUGUAUAUGACAUUAGAAUAUGGCAAAGAAUAUCUAGUUCAGACAUGUGGUGAUCCUAUUCCAAUUAAAUUCCAACGAGUACCUCUUUACUCGAUUGAAUCAACCUCCACCGAUUGUCUUGGAAUUUCGACCAUUGCCCUUCAAAACUAUAAUCUAUUCAAUGAAAUCGUCAUUCAUGAUUCCAACUUGAAUAUUAACUAUACAACAACCGAUGAAGUAAUUAGAUCAACCACAACAUGUUCCGAUGCAGUCACUGUGAAUUAUUUGUUCAUCAACCAUGGUAUUACCAUUGACAAUGUUACAGUGGAUAUUUAUCCUGGAGAAACUCAAAAACAUCAAAUUACAUUUGGAUCUUGUCCACCAAUUCAAUUCCCACUUACAAGUAGCAAUGUAAAGAAUCAUACAACAUACAAGAUUAUACAACCAGCAGUUUGUAAAGAUUCUUUUAUGGUUGCAGAAUUGAUAUCUGUUGAUCUUUUAGAUCUAAUAUAUCUUGCAAUUAACAAUACAACACCAAUAGGGUUUCGUAAUGGACAAAUUUUUCUCCCAGUUGGAAAAUAUUUCAUCGUUGCUCUAUAUCAAACGAAAGUUUCUAGAUGUUUCUCUGUUAUAGAUGUAGAUAUUCCAUAUAGUAAAGACUAUGACCUCCAAUACACAGUUACCAACCAAGAUUCAACAAAAUGCAACCAACCAACUGGAUCGAUUGUAUUUUCCAAUUUCUCAGACUAUCAUUUAUUGGCAAUUGGUGAGCAAGCAACAAGUACAGGCGCUUUCACACAAUUGGCAGUCUACCCAGAUGGCUAUUCCAUUUAUUUCAAUCACACAGUUUGUGGAGUAGGUCUAAAGAUAAUACCCAUCGUUACCGAUGGUCAAGUCAAUCUAGAGGAAAUCUAUCGCCCAACUUGCAACAAUGGUUUGGGAAGAUCAGAUGGUAUCUAUCGAGUCAAAGGUAAAGACAGAUUAGGAAAUGACAUCCAAAAUACGUCAGUCGACUCAUUCAAUUCCAAUUAUUAUAUCGGUGGAAUGAAACUAAUUGUCAACAUUCCCACUGGAAAUUAUAACUUUAAAGUUAAAUCUGGUGAUUAUUGUCAAUGGAAUUUUAUAGGAACUGCGCAAACAAGUCCAGUCAAUUUCACAUUUUCAAUAGAUCAACCAUUUAGAUAUCAACCUGGUUCAGUUAAUUUUACAACUAAUACAAAGAUUAGAAUGGAAAGUAUCGUAGCUUUCACCUCACAGUCAAGCUAUGUUUAUCCAGACUACAUUGGUUCGAUUUCAUCAGAUAACAGGGGUGUCUUUUUAUAUGAUUACAAUGAUUAUUGCUCUGCCUUUGUAGACAUGCCAAAGAAUCCACCAGAACCAGAUUUCCAAAUUCAAACUAUCACGAAAUGUGGAACCAAAGAUAAAACACUCCAAAUCCCACAAUCAAUUGUCGACCAAUAUUAUAUUAGUACAAGCAUCGGUAGUUUGGAUUCAAACAAUCAAAUUCAUACUUUGACGAAUGUCGAUUUUUAUUUCACUUUGAAAGCAACCGGUCAACAAUAUACCUAUUCCUACAUCUAUGUAGACACUCCACUAUCACAAAUACCAAUCGAAACAUCAGUUACCAGUGAAACAUGUAUUGGAACUAGAGAUGGUUCCAUUACCAUCACCAACCAAAAUCCAGAUUUCACUUAUUUACUUUUCGAUGUAGCUGGAGAAUCGUUACUCCCUCAAGUACUCAAAGGACGUUGGGAUUCACUGACUUCUGGUGUCUAUCUAUUAGCAACCAUCAAUAAUACAGACUUGACAUGCUUCACCUCUUCUGAAAAUAUAUUUGUUAACGCCUCUUCACCAGUCAUUACCGCAUCAGUCAUUAACCAAUGCACUCCAGGUAAAAAUGGAACAGUAACAUUUUCUACUACGCAAGGAGGUAACAAUAUGGAUAGUAUUUACUUUGUGGGUGGCGCUGAGAUUGGCUCAAGAAACUUGACAUUGGCACCUGGUAGCUAUACAGUGACUGGAGUUACGACUUCAUCUUCAUGUAGACAAGUUGUCAGCCAAACAUUCACAGUACUAUCGAAUAUCGUCGAAGCUGAAGUUACAUCAUCGAUUUGCGCAACUGCCUCGAUUGUAAUAAGAUCAGAACUUCAAAGUCAAUUGGUUAUUAGAUUGUUUAAUGUAACUAAUAGUCCAUUAGAUGGAAACGGUAAUUUGGUUGGACAAGUAAUCAAUGGAAACACAGCCAGCAUUUCAAACCUCUCUCGUGGAACCUAUCAAUUCACAGUUACUGAAUCAUCUGGUUGUUACAUCGCAACACCACAAUUCAACAUUCUUGAAUGUCCAACACAACCACCAACUGAAACUCCAACACAACCUAUUAAUCAAUCACAUCAACUUUCACCAUCAUCAUCAUUACUCUCAAUAAUGACACUCAUUAUUUUGUCAUUUUUAAUGUUCAAUUAA